AUGGGCAAGCCAAACUUCGAGCUCAUUCGGCACGAUGUGGUGGAGAGAGUCCUUCUGGAAGUGGACCAAAUCUACCACCUUGCCUGCCCCGCGUCUCCAAUCCACUACAAGUACAAUCCAAUCAAAACCUCCAAAACGAGCUUCUUGGGCACCAUGAACAUGCUUGGUCUGGCCAAGCGUUGUCGUGCGAGGUUCCUUAUCUCGAGCACAAGCGAAGUAUAUGGCGACCCACUUCAGCACCCUCAAGAGGAAACGUACUGGGGAAAUGUCAAUCCCGUCGGUGAACGCAGCUGCUACGACGAAGGGAAGAGGGUAGCAGAAACACUGACCAUGGACUACCACAGAGAGCACGGACUCGAGGUUCGGAUUGUUCGAAUCUUCAACACAUACGGUCCACGGAUGGCUCUGGACGACGGCAGGGUCGUCAGCAACUUUGUCGCCCAAGCCCUGAAGAAUGAGCCGCUCACGGUGUAUGGAGACGGCACGCAGACGAGGUCCUUUCAAUUCGUCACGGAUCUCGUGAAGGGCAUGGUGGCUGUGAUGGACGGGGCACAUGUGGGGCCCUUCAACAUUGGAAAUCCUGGCGAGUUCACCAUGCUGGAAUUGGCCAACCUUGUGAAGGAAGUCGUCAACCCAAAGGCGACUAUUGAGUUUCGCGAAAACACUUCCGACGACCCUUCAAGGAGGCGCCCAAACAUCACGAAAGCGAAGGAGAUUCUGGGAUGGGAGCCCAAGGUCGCCCUCAGGGACGGGCUGGCAAUGAUGGUCCAAGACUUCAAAAAGAGGCUUGGAUUGGGCGCAUAG